AUGUCGUCUUUAGUAGCAGAUUUGCUCCGUCAUUGCGGCGGAACCGCCGUCAUCGACGGCGGACUUGCGACGGAGCUGGAGCGCCAUGGCGCGGACCUGAACGAUCCCUUAUGGAGCGCCAAAUGCCUCUUUUCCUCUCCUCAUCUUAUUCGCCAAGUGCACCUUGAUUAUCUGGAAAAUGGCGCUGACAUUAUAACCACAGCAUCUUAUCAAGCCACAAUUCAAGGUUUUAAAGCCAAAGGCUAUACGGAUGAAGAAGGUGAAGCCAUGCUCAGAAGGAGUGUUGAAAUUGCUCGCGAGGCGCGUGAGUUGUACUAUAAAGGAUGUGAAUGCUGUUCGGGUGAUGGCGCUGAUGGUAGAAUCCUCAAACAGCGGCCUAUCCUCAUUGCUGCGUCAGUGGGGAGCUAUGGAGCUUAUUUAGCCGACGGAUCAGAGUACAGUGGGGAUUAUGGUGAUGCAAUCACGAUAGAAACUCUAAAAGAUUUUCAUCGGAGAAGAGUUCAAAUUUUAGCAGAUUCAGGUGCUGACCUGCUUGCAUUUGAAACAGUGCCCAAUAAACUUGAAGCCGAGGCUUAUGCUCAGCUUCUGGAAGAAGAGGACAUAAAAAUUCCAGCAUGGUUUGCUUUUAACUCUAAGGAUGGAGUGAACGUUGUUAGCGGUGAUUCUUUAAUGGACUGUGGCUCUAUUGCUGAAUCAUGCAAUAAAGUUGUUGCUGUCGGAAUUAACUGUACCCCGCCUAGAUUUAUACAUGAUCUGAUUGUUUUGCUUAAGAAGGUGACUACAAAACCGAUUGUAAUAUAUCCAAACAGUGGGGAAACCUAUGAUGCUGAAGUAAAGCAGUGGGUGCAAAAUACUGGUGUAACAGAUGAAGAUUUUGUCUCAUAUGUUACUAAAUGGCGUGAGCUAGGGGCUUCCCUUGUAGGUGGCUGUUGCAGAACGACUCCAGCUACUAUAAGGAAGAUAUACAGGGUACUCUCUAGCAGUGAAUCUGCCAUUCAUGGCAAAGAGUGA